AUGAAGACCAUCACCAUCGUCGGCGCAACAGGAAACCAAGGCCUCUCCGUCGCACACGCCUUCCUCCCACUACCCGACUGGCACGUCCGCUGCAUCACGCGAAAUCCCUCCUCCGAAAAGGCAGAGAAGCUCGCUUCUCUUGGUGCUCGUAUAGUCAAGGCAGACCUCGCCGACAUUGGCUCUCUACACUCGGCCUUCGUCGACUCCAAUGUUGUAUUCGUCAACACAGACUUCUGGGGACCCUUCCGUACCACAGGAAAAUAUGACGCCGCCUAUGAACAAGAGGUGCAACACGGCCGCAACGCUGCCAUGGCCGCUUCAACUGUCCCCACACUUGAACUUUUCAUAUACUCUACUUUGGCACCGAUGAAGAAGCAUUCUCGGGGGAAGUAUCCUCAUUCUUACCAUUGCGAUGCCAAGGCAAACAUUAUGGAAUACAUUGAAACUCAGACGCCGGAAUUGGCGAAGAAGACUUCUUACAUUAUCGUUGGCGCAUAUGCUACGAACCCCCUUUUUAUGCCUAGGUGGGAUCCAUCUAUUCAGAAGUACAGGUUCAUGGUGCCGCUGAAGAAAGACCGGAAGAUGCCGAUCAUCGCGGCGAGGGAAUCCACCGGCGCUUUUGUCAAGGCUUUGAUUGAUGAACCUUCGCGGACGAGGUUGCUCGCCUAUGAUAGUGACCUGACUAUUGGGAAUAUUGUGGAGGUCUGGUCCAGGGCUACUGGGGCUGAGGCUGACCUCAUUGAGGUGGAAGCUCAGAAGAUGCAUGAGCUUGGGAUUCCUUGGGAGGUGUUGGAUGCAUUUUUGUUUAUUGGGGAGUUCGGGUAUGCGGGUGGGAUUGAGGGUGUGAUUCAUCCAAGUCAGCUGAAAACGCCUGUGCAGACUGAGUCGUUCGAGGAAUGGUUGAAAAAGAGGAACUGGGAGGAGGUCAUGCAAAGGGGUAGUGAGGAAUUGAAUAGUGUCGCGGGUACUGCGCACUAG